AUGAUGUUCUAAGAUCUAAAAUAUAUUAUUGUUGAAAAGGUUCUUGUGUUUGUUAAUAAGGAUAUUAUUUAUCUAAUGAAAACUAAUGUUUAGAAUGCAACUUGAGAUGCAAAUCUUGCACUUCAUAAACUGAAUGCACAAAUUGCUUUAUUGAAUAGAAUAGAAUUUUACAAAAUAAAGAUUGCAUUUGUAAUUCUGGCUAUUUUGAAUCUGAAAAUUAUCAGUGUUUUUCAUGUAAUUCAAUUGAAGGCAAAAGCAAGGAAGAUUGCAAAUAUAUAAAUUGUACUGAUAAACAAUGGACAUAUGGAGAAUAUUGCAAUGAUGGAAAUACAAUUGAAAGAGACGAAUGUACCAAUUGUAAAAUAGAUCCCAAUUAUAUAUGUAUCAAUAAUAUACUUGAACCUUCAAUUUGUUUUAAAUGUAGUGAUAAUUGUAAUUAAAGUGAUUUUAAUUAUGCAAUAAAUGCCACUAUUUAUACUGAAUGUUAUUAAGGAUAAUCAGUUUUUGUUAAAUGUGCUCAAUAAUGUCAAUAAUGUAUAUAUAGUGCAUCUAACUUCCUGCCGAUUUAAAUUAAAUAACUAAGGGUAGUGUUUAAAAUGUAAAGAUAUUGUUGGCUUAUACUCUAAUUUUGA